AUGUCUAAUGUUUUUGAAUCUAGAUCUAGCCUCAAUCAGACUGCAACGCUGGUGGAUCGAGAUGCACCAGUGAAGGCAUUCCUGUGUGUGACCCCAUGUGUUAUUUUCCUCUAUGUCAACGGAGUCAUGAUAUUCACCCUGAGGAAAAAAACUGUUUUUCAGGAAGCAUCUCGCUAUAUUCUGUUUGGUCAUAUGCUUUGGCUUGAUACGCUCCAUCUUUUUAUGAGUUCUCUGUUGUUUGUGUCUGCUGUUAGUAGGAUUACUAUAAUGAAAAAUGUCUGUCUCAUUCUUCUUGCGGCUGCACAAGCUCUCUAUCAGGUUGCCUUACUAAAUCUGGCUUUGAUGUCACUGGAGAGGUAUGUGGCCAUCUGUGUCCCUCUCAGACAUGCACAAAUCACCAGUUAUAGCAGAACUAACAUGGCCAUCGGUGUCGUUUGGACGAUGGGAUUGAUUCAGUGCUUGUCUGAGUUGAUUAUCUUCUAUUGCGUUGAUACUACAAACACAGUGAUGCCUUUGUUCUGCUCCAGAACUACACUUUUCAGACUGCAGAUCUAUAAGAAUCUGGAUUUAGCUUUCACUUGUGUGUUUUUUGUGUUAGUGUGUUUUGUUAUUAUCUUUACUUAUGUCUCUAUAGCAUCUGUGGCUAAAUCAGCCUCCUGUGAUAAGGCGUCAGCCAAAAAAGCCAACAAGACUGUUCUGCUACAUCUAAUACAGCUGGGUCUCUGUGCCGCGUCCAUUUUAAUCGGAGUAAUCCAAGAUGCUAUUUAUUUGUAUAUUGAUUAUUUGACUUUGUUACACAUAAUGUAUUUUUGCUUUUUAGUGUUUAUGAUUUUACCAAGAUGUCUAAGUUCUCUCAUAUAUGGCCUGAGAGACCAGACCUUUAGCUUUUUAUUUAAAUAUUACAUCACUUUUGGUCUCAAAAGGCAAAACAGUUGUAAAACAGAGAUUUAG